ACUCGGCCUCUAGAAGCUAAUGGCAAUCGGUUUGAUGGAACAAUACUCACAAUGCUAGCUCCACACAUCUGUGCUUUGGAAGAUACUCAGAUAAAAGCAAUCAGCAGUGAGGCCAUCAGAGAGACCAGCAGGCCCAUGAAUACCUCGCUGUGUUCUCAGCGCCAGAAGAACCUCCUCUAUAGCCAGCUGAGAGCUGCUUACGAGGAGAACCAGAGCUCUCCAGACGCCUACUACCAGCUGCUGAAGCCUGCCAUUGGCGGAGCCCCAACCAAGGAUCUGAUCAAAUUUGCUUCUGGUUAUCCUGUCAUGGACGUAGCCACAUUUACAGUCCUCAACCCAGAUGAAGUCCAGAAAUUAAGCUCUCAAAAUCUGAAAGAUUUGCUAGGAGCUAAUCUCCCAGAGUUGAACAAUUUAGCUGAUGACCCUGUGGUGAAAGCUUGGACCCAGGCACACAACCAAUCAGAGGUGAAUUCUUUAGGACUCCUUCUUGUAGCUGGACUCCCAGACAAGCCACCUAACGGUUUUAUAGAUAUUCCAUCAGAAAUGCAACAGAACUGA